AUGGCGAGGGGCGGCCGCGGCGCUUCGGACCGCGCUCCGCGGGGCCCCCGCGCCCGCCGCCCCCCGCCCCCCGCCCGCGGCACCGCCCGCAGCGCGCCCCGCCCCCCCCCGCGGCCCCGCGCCCGCCCCGCGCCCGGCACCGCCACCCGCACCCGCACCCACCAGCACCGGCACCCACACCCGCACCCACCAGCACCGGCACCGCCACCCGCACCCACCAGCACCGGCACCCACACCCGCACCGGCACCCACACCCGCACCCGCACCCGCACCCACCAGCACCGGCACCCACACCCGCACCCACCAGCACCGGCACCCACACCCGCACCCGCACCCACCAGCACCGGCACCGCCACCCGCACCCACCAGCACCGGCACCCACACCCGCACCCGCACCCACCAGCACCGGCACCCGCACCCGCACCCACUGCCACCCGCACCGCCACCCGCACCCGCACCCACCAGCACCGGCACCCACACCCGCACCCGCACCCACCAGCACCGCCACCCGCACCCGCACCCACCAGCACCGGCACCCACACCCGCACCCACCAGCACCGGCACCCGCAUCCGCACCCACCAGCACCGGCACCCACACCCGCCCCCACACCCGCACUCACCAGCACCCGCACCGGCACCACCAUCCACACCCACACCCGCACCCAUCGGCACCUGCACCCACCGGCACCCAUACCCGCACCCACUGGCACCCACACCCAUCGGCACUCACACCAGCACCGGCACCCGCACCGGCACCCACACUGGCACCGCCAUCCACCCCGCACCCACUGGCACCCACACCGCCACCCACACACACUGCCAACCUGUACCCCCACCAGCACCCACACCAGCACCAGCCCCCGUGGGGACCGGCUGCUCUGGGCUCCUGUGAUCACUGGGCACUGA